AUGUCCUCCUCCCUCGCCCUCGACCAAGCCGACAUCGAGAAGCUCAACGACAAGGACAAGGCCGAGCUCCGCCAGUUCUUCGCCAACGAGGAGCAAAAGAGCAAGAUCCAGAGCCAAUCCCACGCCCUCACCUCCCUCUGCUGGAAAAAGUGCAUGGCCUCCUCCUCCACCUUCAAGUCGGGCGCCCUCGAUGGCACGGAAAAGGCCUGCCUCGCCAACUGCGUUGAGAGGUUCAUGGACGUCAACAUGGCUACUGUUAGGCAGCUGGCUGGCAUGGGGGGACGUCACUAGAAACAGCAAGGCUUCUUCUUUCGGAAUGGUUUGAAAUCACCCAACCCCACCACGAUCAUGAAUGAGGAUUCGACAAUGCGGAGAUGGAGGACAUGUUAUGGUACAUGGGCAGACCAAGGGGUAUAGAGUUUGAGACGUUGACUACGGGCAGCGUUGUAUAUCACAUCUGGGCGAGAGGAAGCAGGGGAGCGGGCUGUACGAUAGGAGAUAUUGUCCCCAUAUGGGAAUGGGCGGUUACAUAUCAUGGCAGACCUGUUUGGAAAAGACGGCACCACACCGUGGAUUGUACAUUACUUGGAACCCUACGUAUCACAUGGCAACUAACACAAAUUCGACAUCACGACAGGACACAA